UGCAAGAGUCUGCAUACUGUUUGGCAAAUUCAGAUUGAAGGAGGCGAAAUGAACCUUCGACUGGAGGACAUAAACGGCUAAAAAAAGAAGAAGAAUAUAGACUUUGAAGAUUUGAAAACAGUUGGUAUUAUUUAUUAGUGGGGGAAAAGGACGCAUCGUAAAAGGAUACCGUUAAUUCCUUGGAUUGUUCUGCCUUCUGGGAUUUCCUACUUCCCUCCUUUUGAUCUAGAAAGGAGGUGCAACAUCUGCAAAGAUGAAGUACAACUACCCAACACCGGUGUCCACCUACGCACGAAGUUCACAGUACACCCCAGUGUACCACUCACCUUCCUGCUACAGCCCCUCGCAUUACACGCCGACAUCCACGUAUGCCGCUGUAUCAAAGUACACCCCAACGACACAGAGUAGCAUGUAUUACUCCCCGUCACUUUACACGUCCACCUACAAAGCUGCAUCGACGUACGUCCCCUCAUACAGCAAGGUUUCAAGGUAUACCUCAACACGUCGCACUCAAGCGAAGGAAAACCCUGCACCUGUAAUACCUGUGGCACCUGCAAAGAGGACUGUGCACUUCCCCAAUGACAUCAUCUUCCAGGACAUCGUCAGGCGAGGGGAUCUGGAGCAAAUCGGACGCUUCAUGAGAGCAAGGAAGGUCCGCGUGGACACACUGUUCCACUCUGGUAUGGCUGCUCUGCACGAAGCCGUGCUAACGGGAAACCUGGAGGUGGUGAAACUCCUGAUUAAAUACGGCGCUGAUGUCCACCAGAGAGACGAGGACGGCUGGACACCACUGCAUAUGGCCUGCAGUGACGGCUACCCAGAAAUUGCCAGGUAUCUCCUGUCAAUGGGAGCGAGCACAGAAGCGGAGAAUGAAAGUGGAGAAAAACCUGCAGACCUCAUUGACCCAGACUGCAAAGAGCUGGCUAAACUGUUUGAGACAGGCUGUGUCUGAGAACAAGUGGACCCGAGGGAGAGAAAAGGCUUAAAUAUCGUAAAAUUAAAUGUGUAGUAAUGCCGAUGAAGCAUUUUUCUGCAGCUUGUGCAAUGCCUCCAAUCUUGGAAAGCAACAUUUUCAGAAGUGCAAAUCGUCUCUGAAGGUUAUUGAGUUUUUUUAAAUGUCACCUUAUACAACACAAAACUUAUUGCAAUGGAGUAUUUUCUCUUAGUUCAUUGUCUAUGACAUAUUUCGAAUAACUCAUAUCAGAGCUGUAAAUAAGAUUGUAUGGAAGUCUGUUAUGUGAUUCAGGACAUGUCCAUAAUCCUGAAUCUUAAUAAUAGGUUUAUUUUUUGGAGAAAUUCUGAGUUUUUCUGUUACAAUCUUUUAUCACUUGUGUUUGUGCUAUGUUUCUGUAUAACUUGAUGCAGGCUGUAAACUGUGUGCUCUCAAGUCAUGGCUAAAUCUACACAAGAAUCUGGUUUGAUUAAGUGUUUUGUACAAUGGUGUGCACCCUCACUGCUGGGCAGAAAGAGGAUCAAUCAGAUUGGUACAACCUACUUGUAUGUUGUUCAGAAAGCUUAAAAAUGCAGGUGUUGUUUUGUGAAAGCUCUCGCACCUCCACAGCAUUUUGACUAACGUAUUUCACUGUUUGUUGUAAAAAGACAAAAAAUUUGAAGUCUUAUAAUUUUCAGUACAAUUACUAUUUUUGUACUUUUUAUAAAUAAAGGACUUUUUACAA